GGAAUUUGGAGCCCGACCCCACAGUAUGUAGAUCGUAGCCAACUUUUUCUUCUAUCAGACGGCGUGUCUCUGAUUUGAUAUCAAGCUCCUUGAUCCAUUUUGAAUUCACUUUUGUGCAUGGCGAGAGAAAGGGAUUCAGUUUCGUUUUGUUGCAUAUGGUAUAAAUCUUUAUUUGUAGUCUAUCUUUUCAAGAAGGAUUUGAGGUACUUAUGAAGGAUGUAUAUAUACAACAAGGUUAAUAAAAGGGAAAUCAAACUCAAAACAAGGAAGACAAAGCAAAAAUGCUAAUCACAAAAGCAUAUAUAGAGAAUAUAAAGUUAGCUCUGAGUUUCCCAGCAGUAGGGACAGAAAAAUGGGGAAUUCAGCAAAUUACGUCAUUGUUCUAUAAAAGGUGGACAUCAAAUAAUUUUGCAAGAACAGAAAGAUCCCUGGUAUUAAGUUGUAAUAUGAAUUCCUUAUGUGAAUUUAACAUUUAACAUUCUAGGAUGUGAGUAGAGAAUUUUGACCAGUAUUCCCACCUAGUAGACAGAUCACUUUCCAUAUUAGUUCAUAUGAUUUUAUAAAACUAUAUCUUUUUUAAAAAAUAUUUUUUUAUUUGUCAAUGAACCUUUAUUUGAUUUAUUGAUCUGAGUGCUGAGAAUCAAACCCCGUGCCUCACAAGUUGACAAUGCAAAAGCAGUAUGGCUCUUCCUUAUAAUAAUUCUUCAAAAAAGGAAAUCUAUAAGACUCAAUGAUAUUGAUUCUGCUGAGGGAUACUAGAUUAAUUUAGAAAGCAUGUAGCUUUUUGAUUAUUUCCUUUAUACAGUGAUAGAUUUUAAGGAUACUUAUAAGAAUGUUUUUCCUUAGAUGUUUCUUAAGAAUCACUUCUUCAGACAGGCAUUUGUUGAGAGCUGAACAGAAAAAAAAAUAGUCUUCUGAAAUCUUUGAAAUUCACUUGUUGACUAAGGAUCCUAAUAUUUUGGAUAGAAAACAGUAAGUUAACAAUAACAUUUAACAUUCUAGGAUGGAAGUAGACAAUUUUGACCAGUAUUCCCACCUAGUAGACGGAUCACUUUCCAUAUUAGUUCAUAUCAUUUAUAAAACUAUAUCUUUUUUAAAAACUAUAUCUUUUUUAGUUGUCAGUGAACCUUUAUUUUAUUUAUUGAUACGUGGUGCUGAGAAUCGAACCCAGUGCCUCACACAUGCUAGGCAAGCACUUUGCCACUGAGCCACAACCGCAGCCCCAAAACUAUAUCUUUAUGUAAAAAUAAAUAUUUAGCUACCUAAAAAAGAAAAAGAACAGAGUUCUUGAUCAGCUGGCUUAACUCCCUGAAGGUUUUUCUCCUUUGAUUAAGAACCUGUGAGAGGGGCUGGGGAUGUGGCUCAAGCGGUAGCGCGCUCGCCUGGCAUGCGUGCGGACCGGGUUCGAUCCUCAGCACCACAUACAAACAAAGAUGUUGUGUCCUCUGAAAACUAAAAAAUAAAUAUUAAAAAUUCUCUCUCUCUCUCUCUCUCUCUCUCAAAAAAUAUUUAAAAAAAAAAAAGAACCUGUGAGACAAUUCCUCAAUCUCUUUAAGGAAAAUAAUUUGGAUUAGUUUUUCUUUGGAAGAAGUGUCCCUAAUAGAUAUUUUUUUAAAUAUCCUGAAAGGACCUGCUCAAGUUUUAUUAUAAACACACAUAAAAUUUUUUUGUAUUAUUCCAUAUAAUUUUGAUUCCUGGAUCUGCACAACUGUUGAAAUUUCCCUUGUUGAGUGAGUAGAAGAGUCAUGGUAUUUGGAUAAUAACAACAAACAAAAUAGGUACUGUGUUAUUUUUUUUUAAUCUUCUAUAUGCUGGUACUGUACUAAACUUUUUAUAUAUGUUACUUUAUUGAAUGUUCCAAUAAUAGUUUAGUCUAUUUUUAUCCCCAUAUAACUAAGGCAAAAAUUAAAACUCAAGUCUUUCUGGAAUUAUAUAACUAAGAAGUGGCAGAGACAGCAUGUGAACCCACAUCUUUUAACCAGCUUUUAUCACUACAUUCUGAUGCCUGUGAAGGAAAUCUGAGUCUUCAUGCAUUAGCAUUUGAGGUCACUAUACUCUUUAUUUUCCCUAGCAUUUUUGACAAAAGUUGCCACUGAGUCAUGAUACUUUCAACUUCUCUUAAAUUCUAGCUUAAAUGAGUCAUUUUCCUUUUUUAAGAAUACAAUUUCCUCAAAAAACAAAAACUAGAAUAGUUCAUAUUUUUAUGACAGAACAGUUGUACCUUAAUUUCUUUUUAUACUUAGAUUUUAUCUAGAAAUGAGUUUUUAAUAUCUCUUCGGUAAGGAGACCAUCAUCAUCUUCCAGUCAUUAUUGAAAUUUGAAGAGGUUCAUUUGGUUCUUAAAAGAACUUAUUCACCUCGAUAAUGGUUUUGUAGUUCUCCAUGCUCAGCAUGCCUACAUGCUGAAAUAAAAAUUUACUUGUGAUCAGUGCCACAUACCUGUAAUCCUGGCUACUUGGAAGGCUGAGCCAGAUGGUUCAUUUGAACCCAGGAGUUAGGGACCAGCCCUGGCCAAAUAGAACCUAUCUCAAAAAAAAAAUUACUUAUGAUUUGCUAUUUCUAUAUGUAAACUGUCCCAUAUGGUAGCUACCAACACAUGACUAUUUUUAAAUUAAUAUUUUAUAAAGUUAAAAAUUCAGCUCCUCAAGCAUACUCGGCACAUUCAAAUGCUCAGUAGCCACAUGUGGCUGUGAUAUUAGUGCAAGUUAUUGAACAUUUCCAUUACCACAGGAAGUUCUCUUGGGCAGUGCUGUUCUAGUGGUUACAUUUUUCAUGCCUCCUCUACCUUCCUCUGUUCCCCAAACAAUAAUAGCUUCCUUCAAGAAUUACUUCUAUAGCUUCCAUAGCUUAUCUUCCCAAUGGUUUCGCAUGAUAUUUUACAUGGAGGAGUCUUUGUUGGUUCAGUUGUUAUUUCUGUGGUACAGGGAAGUAUGCUAACCCAGACCAAGUUCAUCUUACUAAACUGGCAAGGCCAUAAAGUCAGCUAGUUUUCAUUUGCCAGAUUAUAUAUUGAACCAACAAUUUUGGGUAACUGUUACAAGAAGCACUUAUAGACCUGUUUUGUUGAAUUACUGCAGAGACUACCCCCACCCUUUAUUGAUUUAUAAGUAGUAAUGAUGCUACUACUGAACCUUACAAAUGUGUUAGCUUUUAUAACAAUUUUGGCUCUGUUUUUUAAAAUCAUUUUUAUUUGUUCUUUUUAGUUAUACAUGACAGUAGAAUGUAUAUCAUGAAUACAUGGAGUAUAACUUCCCAUUCUUGUGGUUGUACAAGAAGUGAAGUUACACUGGUCACGUAUUCUUAUAUGAACAUAGGAAAGUUAUGUCUGAUUCAUUCUACUGUCUUUCCCAUUCCCGUCCUUCCUCCCUCCCCCUCAAUUCUCCUCUGUUUACCGGCAAAUGCCAUAAUUUCAUUCUUCUUUAUAGCUGAGUAAUGUUCCAUUGUGUAUAUGUACCACAUUUUUUUUUAUCCUUUUGUCUAUUGAAGGUCACCUAGGUUGGUUCCAUAGCUUAGCUAUUGUUAAUUGAGCUGCUAUGAACAUUGAUGUGACUGUGUCACUACCAUAUGCUGAUUUUAAAUCCCUUGGGUAUAUGCCAAGGAGUGGGAUAGCUGGGUCAAAUGGUGGUUCCAUUCCAGGUUUUCUGAGGAAUCUCCAUACUGCUUUCCAGAGUGGUUGCACCAAUUUGCAGUCCCACCAGCAAUGUAUGAGUGUACCUUUUCUCCCACAUUCUCACCAAUAUUUAUUGUUGCUUGUAUUCUUUUUUUUUUUGUGUGUGUGUGUGUGUGUGUGUAUGGUGCUGGGGAUUGAACCCAGGGCCUUGUGCAUGUGAGGCAAGUGCUCUACCAACUGAUCUAUAUCCCCAGCCCAUUGCUUGUAUUUUUGAUAAUUGCCAUUCUGAUUGGAGUGAAGUGAAAUCUCAAUGUAGUUUUAAUUUCUCUACUUUCUAGUGAUGUUGAACACUUUUUCAUAUAUCUGUGGGCCAUUUAUGUUUCUUCUGUGAAAUGUCUGUUCAGUCCUUUGUCUACUUAUUGAUUUUUUUUGGUAUUAAUUUUUGAGUUCUUCAUAUGUCCUGGAGAUUAAUGCUCUAUCUGAGAUGCAGAUGGCAAAGAUUUUCUCCCUUUAUGCAGGGUCUCUCGUCAUGUUCUUGAUUGUUUCCUUUGCUGUUAAGAAUUUUUUUAGUUUGAUAUGAUCUCAUUUAUUGAUUCUUGAUUUUACUUCUUACAUUUUAAGAGUCUUGUUGAGGAAUUUGGUUCCUAAACCAAUAUGAUGGAGAUUUUUUUUUUUUUUUUUGCAUCAGGGAUUGAACUCAGGGGCACUAGACCUCUGAGCCAGGUCCCCAGACCUGUUUUGUAUUUUAUUUAGAGAUAGGAUCUCGCUGAAUUGCUUAGCACCUUGCUGUUGCUGAGGCUGGUUUUGAACUCAUGAUCCUCCUGCCUCAGCCUCUCGAGCUGCUGGGUUUACAGGCCUGCACCACUGCACUCUGCCAUGAUGGAGAUUUGGGCCUACUUUUUCUUUUAGUAGGUAAGGGUCUCUGAUCUAAUGCCCAUGUCCUGGAUCUAUUUUGUACCUUUAUUUAUUUAUUUAUUUUUAUUGUGCUGCUGAGGAUCAAACCCAGGGCCUCACACAUGUCAGGCAAAUGCUCUAAUACUGAGCCACAACCCAGACCUCUUGAUUCACUUUGAGUUGAGUUUUAUGUAGGGUAAGAGGUAGGGCUCUAAUUUAAUUUUAUUACAUAUGGAUUUCCAGUUUUCCCAGCACCAUUUGUUGAAGAGGCUAUCUUUUCUCCAAUGUAUGCUUAUGGCACCUUUGUCUAAUAAGAGAUAACUGUCUUUAUGUGGGUUUAUCACUGGGUCUUCUGUUCUGUACCAUUGGCCUUCAUGUCUGUUUUGGUGACAAUACCAUGCCAUUUUGGUUUCUAUAGCUCUGUAGUAUAAUUUAAGGUCUGGUAUUGUGAUACCUCCUGCUUCACUUUUCUUGCUGAGAAUUGCUUUGGCUAUUCUGGGCCUCUUAUUUUUCAAAUGAGUUUCAUGACUAAUUUUUCUAUUUCUAUGAAGAAUGGCAUUAGAAUUUUAAUGGGAACUGCAUUAAAUCUGUAUAGCACUUUUGGUAGUAUGGCCAUUUUGACAAUAUUAAUUCUGCUAUCCAGGAACAUGAGAGAUCUUUCUAACUUCUAAGGUCUUCUUCAAGUUCUUUCUUUAGUACUCUAUAGUUUUCAUUGUAGAGGUCUUUCACCUCUUUUGUUAGAUUGACUCCUAAGUAUUUUAUUUUAAUUUUUUUUAAGGCCAUGGUGAAUUCGGGAUAGUUGUCCUAUUUUCUCUUUCAGUUGAUUCAUCACUUAUGUUUAGGAAUGUAAUUGAUUUAUGGUGUUAAUUUUGUAUCCUGCUACUUAAGUUCUAGAAGUUUUCUGGUGGUGUUUGUUGGGUCUUCUAAAUAUAGAAUCAUGUCGUCAGCAAAUAGGGAUAGAUUGAGUUCUUCUUUUUCUAUUCAGAGUCCUUCAAUUUCUUUCUUCUAAUUGCUCUGGCUAGAGUUUCCAGGACUAUAUUGAAUAGAAGUGGUGAAAGAGGGCAUCCCUGUGUUCUAGUUCUUAAAGGGAAUGCUUUCAAUUUUCCUCCUUUUAGAAUGAUGUUGGCCUUAGGCUUAGCAUAUAUAGCUUUUACAAUGUUGAGUUAUGUUCCUACUAUCCCUAGUUUUUCUAGUGUUUUGAACAUGAAUUGAUGCUGUAUUUUGUCAUUGCUUUUUCUGCACCUAUUGAGAUGAUCAUGUGAUUCUUGUCUUUAAAUCUAUUGAUGUGAUGAAUUAUGUUUAUUGAUUUCUGUAUGCUGAACCAACCUUGCAUCUCUGGGAUGAAUCCCACUUGAUCAUGGUACACUAUCUUUUUAAUAUAUUUUUGAAUGCAAUUUUUGGCUGUGUUUUUUAAAAGUAGCUUUAUUAAGGUAUGAUUGACAUACAGAAAGCUGCAGAUAUUUAACGUAUACAAUUUGAUGAGCUUGUUGACCAUCUUAUUGACAUAGUUCACAAUAGGACUACUCAGACUAUUGAUUCCUUUUAUUAAUGUACAUAACUUGAGAAGAAAAAAUGUUUUUUAAAGAUCAGACUCUUUUAAUGUAUCCUGAUUGGCUUUGAUUGCUAUUAAAAGAAUGUGUGUAUGUGUGUGUGUGUGUGUGUGUGUGUAAAAGAUUAUAUAGCCUGGUGUGGUGGCACAUUCUUGUAAUCCCAGCUGCUUGGGAGGCUGAGGCAGGAGGAUCACAAGUUCAAAGCCAGCCUCAGCAACUUAGCAAGGUCCUAAGCAAUUUAGUGAGACCCUGUCUCUAAAUAAAUAAAUAAAUAAAUAAAUAAAUAAAUAUAAAUAAAUUUUAAAAGGGCUGAGGAUGUGACUGAAUGGUUGAGAGGCCCUGAUUCAAUCCCUUGUAUAAAAAAAAAAAAAGAACAUGCACAUUCUUCAUCUUUUUUCCAUUUAUUGGUUCUAAAAUAACCUUGGUACAUGGACAAAUUAAUAUAAGCCCACAUGUGGUACCCUCAGACCUACAGUUAAUGUACCAAUACUACAUUGGCCUUGAGUACUCCUAUUUUAUAUGGAUAAACUUUUUUGGUACAUCUUUUCUGCAACGAUGUUCCACAAUAAACUCAUUUGGAGAAAUUUAUUGACUAUGUUUUCAGUGAUAUUUUAGUGUUUGAGCAUAUAGUACAUAUAGUACACACACCUUUGUUGUGUAUAAAAUAAUCCUGGAAAGUGUCUUUUUCCAAAUGAGUAAAGCAGUGUGUAAUACUUAGUAGUGGUCAGGUUUGGACCCUACAGAACUACAUAAAGCAGGCAACUAUGUUCCAUCUCUUGGCUGUGCAAAUUAUCUCAGAGAGAGAGAAAGCAGAUGUCUGUGUAGAAUGUUCUUGGUCACUGGACACCUAAUAAUCAAGGUCUUAUAUUGACCAUUAUUGUUCUAGUUUCGAGGAUUUGGGGACAUUUCCCAAGUUCAAAAGAAUCAUGGUCAGUAUUUGUAAAGUGUUGGUAACUGUGAAGUAAAAUGAUGGGGAAUACGGUAGUAAAUUAUAUUUCUCUCCACUUUGGCAUAACUUUUUAAGAAUUUAAAGAGUAAAGAAAUGCCAUGGUACAUGCCAGUAGGUCAGGAAGCUGAGGCAGGAGGAUCACAAGUUCAAAGCCAGCCUCAGCAACUUAGUGAGGCCCCACGCCACUCAGUGAGACCCUGACUCAAAAUAUAUAAAGGGCAGGGGAUGUGGCUCAGUGGUUGAGUGCCCAGUUCUAAAAAUUUUUUUAAAUGAAAAGAAAUGCAAGAGCCCUUUGGGAGAAUUUAAUACAGUUGUUUUUUCUGAUGAUAAUAAUAAGACUUCCUACUAAAACCACAAUUUGCUUGGAUUUAUUAAGAGUCCUUUUGGAGCCCCAUCUUAAUUGAAUGUCAGAAGUUGAGUAAAACAAUGAAAGAAUGCUGUACCUUAUUUAAACAUAGCAAUAAAUUACUCUUCCACACUCACUUUUGACAUACCAAAAAAAGGUCAGUAACAUGCUACUAUUAUACAAAGCAAUUAGAUUUAUGUAAUAUUGUCUUAUAUAUUUAUAUUUGUUAGUCACUAGAUUAUUAAUCUCAUGCACUGUUUUGGUGUUACAAGUCAUGUUGCCACUGUUCAUCGGUUUUAGAAACUAUUUCCCUGACUUUGAUUUGUUUUUAUCAUGUCAGACAUAUUGCUGAACAGCAAGAAAAGGGUUAAAAAAAUAGUUCUAAUGAAUAAAAGAUGUGACAUUCGUCUGCAUGCAUUUUUGUAGUAUUGAUCACACCAUAAUUCUAUUUUGAGUCCCUCAUUUAAUAGCAAUAAUAAUGUUUUCAUGACUAUCACAGCUUCUCUCUCUCUCUCUCUCUCUCUCUCUCUCUCUCUCUCUCUCUCACACACACACACACACACACACACACACACACACACACACACCUCUCAAGCUGCCAGUCUGUCUUAAGGCAGUGGCAGACGCCUGAUUGGCAGGCUCUGUUUAUUCUGUGACCAGAUUCCUUCUAAAAGAAGGCUGGCCAUGACUGCCUGAAGCCUAUUGGCUGGGCAUACUCAGGACCCUCCCCCUCCCCCCACCCCCGCUUUUUUUUUUUUUUUUUCCAUGGCACACACCACAGCAAAGUCUGUGCGGAAUCCUAAACCAGCCCAAUUUACAUCCAUUCAUGAAUCUGUGACGUCAGCAAGCCUUUGGGCUCCUUUGCGGUGGGCUGGAGGAUUGUGCGGGUGGAAUCCCCCUCCCCUUUAUUUUUCUAAUUCUGCAAGUCUCUUUAAUAACCUUCCAUCUUUUUAAAGCAAGAAAAUGGAACAGCAUGUGUAGGAAUUCUUCAUUGUUGUUUGGGAGCCCUCUUGUGCAUCAGACCUCUAUUCUAAUAAUCCUCUGAGUGUCAUCUCAGGACCUUGGUCACACUCAUGGCACGAUGGCCAACCCUCAGGAGCACCUGAGCUGCUCCUCUUCUCCGCAUUUCCCCUCUAGUGAAAACAAAACCUUCAAUGGACUACAGGAUGAGCGUGCAGCCAUGGGGAACCACCCUCCACCCAGGCUCCUUGAGGACCAGCAGGAAAAGGGGGUCGUGCGAACAGAGCCAAGCGACAGCAUGAACAGCCCCGUCACCACAACAGUAUUGACCAGCGUGAGUGAGGAUUCCAGGGACCAGUUCGAGAACAGUGUUCUUCAGCUAAGGGAACAAGAUGAAUCAGAGAUGGCUGUGUCUCAGGGGAACAGCAACACCGUGGACGGGGAGAACACGGGUGCAACUGAAGACAUCAAGAUUCAGUUCAGCAGGUCAGGCAGCGGCAGUGGGGGGUUUCUUGAAGGAUUGUUCGGCUGCCUAAGGCCUGUGUGGAACAUCAUUGGGAAGGCGUACUCCACCGAUUACAAAUUACAGCAGCAAGAUACUUGGGAAGUGCCAUUUGAGGAGAUCUCAGAGCUGCAGUGGCUGGGUAGUGGAGCCCAAGGAGCUGUCUUCUUGGGCAAAUUCCGAGCAGAGGAAGUGGCCAUCAAGAAAGUGAGAGAACAGAAUGAGACGGAUAUCAAGCACUUGAGGAAGUUGAAGCACCCUAACAUCAUUGCAUUCAAGGGUGUUUGUACUCAGGCCCCAUGUUAUUGUAUCAUCAUGGAAUACUGUGCCCACGGACAACUUUAUGAAGUCUUGAGAGCUGGCAGGAAGAUCACACCUCGAUUACUAGUAGACUGGUCCACAGGAAUUGCAAGUGGAAUGAAUUAUUUGCACCUCCAUAAAAUUAUUCAUCGUGAUCUCAAAUCACCUAAUGUUUUAGUGACUCACACAGAUGCAGUAAAAAUUUCAGAUUUUGGUACAUCUAAGGAACUCAGUGAUAAAAGUACCAAGAUGUCUUUUGCUGGCACGGUUGCAUGGAUGGCACCAGAAGUAAUACGGAAUGAACCUGUCUCUGAAAAAGUCGAUAUAUGGUCUUUUGGAGUAGUGCUUUGGGAGCUGCUGACAGGAGAGAUCCCCUACAAAGAUGUAGAUUCAUCAGCCAUUAUUUGGGGUGUUGGAAGCAAUAGCCUACACCUUCCAGUUCCUUCUACUUGCCCUGAUGGAUUCAAAAUCCUUAUGAAACAGACUUGGCAAAGUAAACCUCGCAACAGACCUUCUUUUCGGCAGACACUCAUGCAUUUAGAUAUUGCAUCUGCAGAUGUACUUGCCACCCCACAGGAAACUUACUUCAAGUCUCAGGCUGAAUGGAGAGAAGAAGUUAAAAAACACUUUGAGAAGAUCAAAAGUGAAGGAACUUGUAUACACCGAUUAGAUGAAGAACUGAUUCGGAGGCGCAGAGAAGAACUCAGGCAUGCUUUGGAUAUUCGUGAACAUUAUGAAAGAAAACUUGAGCGGGCUAAUAAUUUAUACAUGGAACUGAGUGCCAUCAUGCUGCAGCUAGAAAUGCGGGAGAAGGAGCUCAUUAAGCGAGAACAAGCAGUAGAAAAGAAGUAUCCAGGGACCUACAAACGACACCCUGUCCGUCCAAUAAUCCACCCCAAUGCCAUGGAGAAACUCAUGAAAAGAAAGGGAGUGCCUCACAAAGCUGGGGUGCAGACCAAGCGGCCAGAUCUGUUGAGAUCUGAAGGUAUCCCCAGUACCGAGGUAGCUCCUACUGCAUCCCCUUUAUCUGGAAGUCCCAAAAUGUCCACCUCAAGCAGCAAGAGCCGAUAUCGGAGCAAACCACGCCACCGUCGGGGGAAUAGUAGAGGCAGCCAUAGUGACUUUGCAGCAAUCUUGAAAAACCAACCAGCCCAGGAAAAUUCACCCCAGCCCUCUUACCUCCAUCAGGCUCAGUCCCAGAACCCUUCUCUCCAUCACCAUAAUCCUCUGCAGCAGCAAUACCAGCAACCCCCUUCUGCCAUGUCUCAGAGUCACCAUUCCAGACUUGGUAUGCACGGACAGGACAUUGCAACCUGCGCCAACAACCUGAGGUAUUUUGGCCCAGCAGCAGCCCUGCGGAGCCCUCUCAGCAACCAUGCUCAAAGACAGAUGCCUGGCUCUAGCCCUGACCUCAUCUCCACAGCCAUGGCAGCAGAUUGCUGGAGAAGUCCUGAGCCCAACAAAGGCCAGGCUGACCCCUGGGGCUGCUGUCAGGCUGACCCUUAUGACCCCUGCCUCCAAUGCAGGCCAGAACAGUGUGGGUCCUUAGAUAUACCCACUACUGAGCCAGUGGGGAGGAGCCCCAACCUUUCCAAGUCACCAGCACACAAUCCCCUCUCAGAAAAUGCCCAAGGUUCUGAGAAAAUGGAAGAAAAUGAAUUCAACAGCUGUGGGUCUGCAUCAUCCCUUGGCACCCCUCAUCACAUCACCCCCCCAGCACUACCUCGAAAAUCAAGGCCCCUUCAGAAGAGUGGAGAUGAUUCCUCUGAAGAAGAAGAAGGAGAAGUAGAUAGUGAAGUUGAAUUUCCACGAAGACAGAGGCCCCAUCGCUGCAUCAGCAGCUGCCAGUCCUAUUCCACCUUUAGCUCUGAGAAUUUCUCUGUGUCUGACGGAGAGGAGGGAAAUACUAGCGACCACUCAAACAGUCCUGAUGAGUUAGCUGAUAAACUUGAAGACAGCCUGGCAGAGAAGCUGGACGACCUGCUGUCCCAGACUCCGGAGAUCCCCAUUGAGAUAUCCUCCCACUCAGAUGGGCUCUCUGACAAGGAGUGUGCCGUGCGCCGCGUGAAGACGCAGAUGUCUCUGGGCAAGCUGUGUGUGGAGGAGCGUGGCUAUGAGAACCCUCUGCAGUUUGAAGAAUCAGACUGUGACUCUUCAGAUGGGGAGUGUUCUGACGCCACAGUUAGGACCAAUAAACACUACAGCUCUGCUACCUGGUAAUGAAGGAACACCCCUCCAGAAGAGCUCAUGGCGUGCUGGUGUUUCAAAUCCUCCACCCCCUAGACUCCUCCCUUUCUCUUCCUGCUUUUUGUCAGGGAAGAGAACUGCCCCAUCUUUACCACCCCUAGAAAUGAGCUGCAAUAACAGGAACAUGAGACUUGGCAAAUCUCUGGAAAAAAAUAUCCAAAUGAAAUUAAGUCUCACUGAACAUUUCAAUCAAGAAUGGCAGGGAUCUAUUUUAUUGAAUAUUCUAGCUACUGUAACAUUGAUAUUUAUUUUUGUUGGACAUUUUAACACUUUGUACUGUAAAGAGUGAACUAUAUAUGAUAUAUAGAGAGAGACACAAUAAUUUCUUGCAAAAAAAGAAAAAGAAAGAAGAGGACUUUAAGAGCAACAUACUUGGGAAUACUUGGGGCCAGGAGGUAUUAUUGCUGCUUCCACAGGGGACCAGGUCUUUUGGGCAUAAGUGACUGAAGAGCCAGAGCAAGACAUAUUGAGCAUUUUAGAACACAAAGAACAGCAAAAGAAAACACAAUUCCAGGUAACUUGUGAACAGAUCACAUUAAGUUCAACCAGCUUGUCCAGGUGGGUGAUGGAAAUGACCAAGAGAAGUUCGGUGACCAGAGGUAUUAAAGGCAUGUGCUUCCUCUAGGAGGAGAUAAACAAACAAAACUGAACAUGGAAACUGACUUCAUUUUUCAGACUUUAAGCAGCAUUUGGUAGUGAGGCUUACAGAUUGCAUCACACCUUGUCCCUGGCAAAUACUUCCCUUUUUAAUGCUGUCAUUGUUGUUAUCUUGGCAAAUGUAUUACCUUGACCAAUGUGUUGAUCUUUCAGAUUCAAGUGCCAUUUUCCUAUAGCUUUUUUCCUUUCUACUGUUGACCACUUCCUUUAGGAAAAAGGGAGGAGUUGCUGAGGAGACAAGGAUGAGAGAGAAAGACCACCCACAGCAAUGUUAGAAAAGCAAGUGUGAAAUUUGUGAAAGCAUGUUCUCAGGAUGGUCAGUUCAGCUAUAUGGAGAAGAUGGAACCACCAUUCUAGAACAGGUGGUUUGUCUGCUAGAAUCAUAUUGAUUCAAAUAGGAGAAUAGAAUUUGAAGGCAGCUAGGAUGUGUGUGUGUGUGUGUGUGUGUGUGUGAGUAUGUGUGUGUGUGUGUCUGUCUGUCCAGCAUCCAAUCCCAAACCAUCCCCUUGUUUUGAUUCAUUAACCCAAUCUGUGCUGGAAGCUUUAGUGACUGGCUGUCAUUGUUAGAAUAAAGGCAAAAUAAUCAACUUGCAAAAAGCAACCCUUUUCGAACCACAGUAGCAUUUUUGUUAAAUGCUACUUGUAAAAUAUGUUUUAGUUCACUCUAAAUCAGUGCAGUUUUGAUUAAUUGGAUUUGGAAAUUCAUGGAAAGAAUUUCACAACUGAUUCUGAGCAGGGAAUUGGAAAGAUUUUACUUUGUCAAAAGCUUGAGGUUUUUCCUAUCUCCAGGGACAUGGGUUCUAAAAAGCAUCAAAAGGUACUUCAUGGUGCCUGGCUUCAAGGAAAAUUUUAUCUAGAAUUUUAUAUACAAAUAGAUGUUGACCUAAUUCUUGUCUCUGUCUCUAAGAAAACAUACACUUGCUCUAGACCCUCUGACAGUGUGUCCUGUUGGAUGUUAGGAAAGACUUGCAAAUACUAAACCAUUUCCAAUGCAAAAGAAAAUGGUACCCUCCUCUGGGUGCCAGUGAUUGCAUCAGCCAAAAAGGAAAGGCAGGAGGGAAUUUAGAGCAGUUCCUUUUGUUUGUUUGAUCCCUCCAUUUGUUUACACUUUAUGUUGAUAAAUUGAUUUAAAAUUUAGUGUCUAUAAUUUGUAGUUCAUCAGUAGGAUGAAAGAAAAUGUUUAACUUAUACAGAGAGCAGUAUUGUUUGCAUUAAAUUAUUCCAUUUUGUAUAAUUCUGUAGCUGGACUACAUGAAAGAUCUUAAGUUAUGGCAUUAUUAUCAUUGUUAUUUUAUUUUAUAAUAUUAUCAUUCUCAUUUUCUGUCGACCAGAAGGUGCAGUUUAUGAUGUAGCACAAUGAUUGUGUUUAUUGCUAACCAUGAAUCAUUAUGGAUUUUAUGAUUUUAAUGAAGGUAUGAACAUGGGACUGCCACUUAGGAGCUCCCUGGUAGUCACUGUAGUUGUGUCCCUAAUUUUCUGUGUACAAUGAUCAUCUGAAGAUGCAUGUUCUGCCCCAAAGUCCAAUGGACACAGUGUGGUUUGACUCCAUCACGAAAGCUCUCAGUGGGCAGAUGAUUAAGAGAGUGGACAAAUUGUUCAAAACUGUAAACUUUCUCAAAUUUCUUAAGAAAUAAAAUCAUGGGACUGCAUUAGAAGCAAAAAGAAUUAUUUAAUCCCCCCAAGAAGAACAAACCUAGAGAGUUCAUGGAACUCAUGGAUUAAUUUCAAGAAUUGACAUUAUGGUUUAUAAUCUCCUUCCUGCCAGAGCCCACAAAACCAUCCUUCUCUCCUAAAUGAGAGUAGCAGGAAGACUAAAAGAAGAAUAUAUACAUAUAUAUUUCCUGGCCAUGAUGUCAUCCCAUCAUGAAUAAAGAAAUUCAAGGAGGCCAAGUCACGUAGAGGAUCAUGGGACUUAGAAGAGUACCUUGAAAGAUGCUAUUUUCCAUUCUCUGACUUCAGAUUUCCCUGCACUUUGCAUCUUUGUGGUUCAUUGCUCCUUGGAAUGCAGAAUGCUACAACUGUGUCUUCUGUUCAAUACAAAAUACCCACACUUGUUCAUUUAGGUUUAUACCCACUUUUAGUGUCAACAGAGAAAUAUGAGGGUCAAUUUUUGUCUUUAGAUCUUUCAGUGAUGGUCUUCCUAGAACGUCCACCCCUGAUGCCUCAUAAUUUUGAUCAAUUUUUUGAAUUCUCAUCUUGGCUAUCUGUCAUACUAAUGCCACCUUAUCUUGAUUUACUAUUUUGAGCAUGUUAGGGAAAUAGAUAGUCUUGAAACUUCAGCCAUUUGUUAGUCAAGAUUUUAAUAAAGUCCACAUUGAAUAACUUUUGAGUAGAAUUGACUACAGUUUUCAGAAAAGAAUGGUGUCCUCAGUCAAGGUUAAAAGGGAGGGCUGGGGAUGUAGUUCAGUAGUACAGGGCUUGCCUAGUGUGUGUGAUGUACUGAAUUCAAUCCAGAAGAGUUGAAUCAAGAGCUCAGGGAAUCUAAGAGCUUAUUCUUUGGGUCCUAUCAGCCUGAGUAGUGCUUCAAGGAACCUCACAGGACUAUGACUUCAGGCUUCCUCACAAUUGAAAGUCUAAAUCUCUUGGGUUCAACGUCUACAUUCAUUGAGCAUUUGUGUUUGGCUCACUUCAAGAUGAGUUUCAAUUUAUAUUGCAGAUGAGUAUUUGGUUUUGAUCUCCAUUCUUUUUCUAGAUCAUGUCCUCAAAUACAAAUUUCUCUUAAAAUUGGUUAGUAGAAGGACUUUGAAAUUAUAAUGGAUCUCUUACCACCACUCAAGUUUAGACCUGUUUGCAAGACUGUGGGGAGCUCCCACCCAGAAACAUAAAGAUGCUAGCUAGCUGUCAUAAGUUGAUUUGGUUUGGCCUACUUGAAGUUCAAAUAUUUUAAAACUUUAGUAUCAACAAAUUCAUCCUUUUAGGAUGAAGAUCGUAUAUAGUAGGAUUUAAUAAGUACUGGACAUUUACUCCAGGUCUCCUUGUGCUAAAUUUUCUUCUAGCCUACCCUACGUAAUAGAUGUGAUGGUUUGGGAUUUCCCUGGUACUAUCCUACCAGAUUUAAAUGCCCCGAUCCAUUGUGGAGCACUGGCAUCCUGUAUGUGAAUGCUUCCUCAUUAAUGAGAUGCUUUACUUUUUUUUUUUAAUGCCUUUAUAUCUCAGUUUUUUCCUUAAAACAUUCCUACUUGAACUUCCUAGAACUUAGUUCUCCAGAACAGAACAGAAUAUUUGGAAUCCAAGGCAUUCCUGUCCUACUGCUCAGUAUAUGUGGUAUAUCUUGUUUCCCCACUAAGCCAGAAACCAGAACCACCAUAUACCACCCUCUUCCAUCUCUGUCCUAAACACUGAAGACCAGCAUUACUUAAGGAGCACCAUAUUCUUUCCUACUGCAUCUACUACUCCCAACACAGCACUUGGAGCAACAAUUACCACUUGAUUGGAAUUGGUGAACAAAGGGAAAUCUGUUGACUAUCCCAGCUUUAAACUCAUAAUUACUUUCUGAAAGUGAGCUCUUGAGCUUUUUGAGCUCUUGAGUUUGCCCUGAUGGAAGAACAGGAUCACACCAGUGUUUUCCUUCUGGAUCCCACACAAGGCUGGCAGGGGCAUACCAAGACAGGGAAACGGCCACUUACCUCUACUCACUGCCCUUUUGGACCACACUUCCACUUGAACACUUACCAUUUGCUGAUGGAUCAACCUCCAAAUGUCUCCUCAUCCAAUCAUCUAAUUGUGUUGAAUAAACAUGUUCUUCCUUCACUGUCUAUAAACAGGAAGUUAAUGUUCUAAGUCCUGGUUACUUGCUUCCUCCCAAGAUGCUGUGAGACUAACGUGACAUUCUUUUCAAGACUUGUCUUGUACUGUCAGUAUGAAUUUAGUGCCUUUCCAGGCAGCAAGGUUUUUCUUUGCUGAUUUCAUAGAACAAAUGCCACACCACCAAUGUUACCCACUUUAGAGAUUGGCCCAUUAGAAUCGUUAGUUUGCUUAUUUGCAUGUUACAACUGAUACUGCAAAUUGGAAUGGAUGAAGCUGCUAAGUGGAGGACCCUUGUGGAACCUGGAGUAUUUCUCAGGGACAGGUGGCAGAAGAGGGGAGCUCUGAAAUUGUAGCUCUGAGAAACAGGAAAAGGAACUGGAUUAAGGCUUUGGUUAACUGUUAUGUGGCCAAGGCAUGAUAGCAGGAUUUUACACAAGCCAAGCGUCAAGCAGAUGGCAAGGCCACUAUCAGGAAGCUUCCAGCAGAAUCACAGGCCUGCCCAGAGCCACUUCACAGCACUCAGGGGAUCACUGGCUCCUGGCCUCAGGCUGCUGUCCAGUGACCAUGGUCCUCCGAUGGUUGCAAGCCAGAGGGAACCCCAGCCAGGACCUGCAAGCUUUUAGGAAAAUGUCCCAUCUUGACCAUAUCACCCCAGUGGCUCUCCAUCUCCAGAGUGACCACAUCCCAGACUCUGGAAGUAGGAAGAUUCUCUUACAAUAAUUUGAGUUACUCUAAUGUGGAGCAAAUGAAUCUUUUGUGGUAGAUCUCAAAAUGAACUCCUUCAUCUGUCUCUCCUGCAGUCACCUGCACUGUUCAUUCCCCUGCUCCUUGUGUUGUUUUCUGAUGCUGGCCCCUCUUUGUAUUGAACAGCAAUGGAACGAGAAUGACUAUCAAAGCAAACAAAUGCAUGAAAUUAAACAAAAAGUGUACUUCA